GCCAUGAAGAGGAGAAAGUUGAAUGGGUUGUCUAACUGGUUCCGCAGAGUGAGAAUAACAUAACCAGAGGCCCACCCCCAGCCUGAGGAAGAGGGAUUUAUAAGGAGGGCAGAACACCUGAGACAACUCACUUGAGGUCAGAUAGCCCCGCUGCUGUCCUGUCCUCUUCUACAGCAUCCCUUCAAUUCUUUAAUUCUCACUCGUCUCCGUCUGUGAUUCUCACGCUUCUCCAUCUCUGUCUGUGACUCUCCCUCCACCUCUCCAUCUCUCUGUCUGUGACUCUCACGCGUCUCCAUCUCUCUAUCUGUGACUGUCCCUCCACCUCUCUAUCUCCCCUUCCACCAUGAGCCUGAGGUCCAAGCGUAUCAGCAGCUCCAGUGGCUCUGUGCGGAGACACAGCGGGGGCUUCGGUGGCAUGUCCCUGGGUAGCAGCUCUCUGUACGCGGGGGGCUCAAACGGCCACCACAGCAGUCCUUUCCACUCAGUCUCUGUCAACAGGAGCCUGCUGGCCCCACUUAACCUGGAGAUCGACCCCAACCUACAGGUGACUCGCAUCCAUGAGAAGGAGCAGAUCAAGGGCCUCAACAACCGAUUCGCAUCCUUCAUCGAUAAGGUGUGUUUCCUGGAGCAGCAGAAUAAGGUGUUAGAGACUAAGUUUGACCUGCUGCACGGUAAGCAGACGGGCCGCUCCAACAUCGAGCCGCUAUUCGAGGCCUACAUGGCCAACUUGCGUCGCCAGAUGGACGUGGUCAACAACGACAAGACCAAGCUGGACGGAGAGCUGAGGAACAUGCAAGGUCUGGUGGAGGACUUCAAACACAAAUACGAAGAUGAGAUCAACAAGAGAAACAAUCUGGAGAACGAAUUUGUGAUCCUGAAAAAGGAUGUGGACUCAGCAUACCUGGUGAAGGCAGACCUGGAAAACAAGGGGGGAGCUCUGACUGAUGAGAUAAACUUCCUCAGGUCCAUCUAUGAGGAGGAGCUGCGUGAGCUGCAGGCCAGCAUCAGGGACACCUCUGUGGUGGUGCAGAUGGACAACAGUCGAGACCUCAACAUGGACCAGAUAGUGGCUGACGUCAAGGCUCAGUACGAAGACAUUGCUACCAAAAGCCGAGAGGAGGCUGAGAUGUGGUACAAAUCCAAGUUUAACCAGAUGGCUGUCCAGGCCAUGCAGUACGGAGACGAGCUGAGGAACACCAAGGGAGAGAUAGCAGAAAUCAACCGCUUGAUCGGCCGUCUGCAGAGUGAGAUAGAAGCUGUCAAAAGACUGCGAGCCAACCUGGAGGACCAGAUAGCCGAGGCUGAGGGCCGCGGGGAGCUGGCUGUGAAGGAGGCCAAGUCCAGGAUCAGAGAUCUGGAGGAUGCUCUGCAGCGGGCCAAGCAGGACAUGGUCAGGCAGCUCAGAGAGUACCAGGACCUGAUGAAUGUCAAGCUGGCCCUGGACAUAGAGAUAGCCACCUACAGAAAACUACUGGAGGGAGAGGAGGACAGGAUUGGACAUCAAUCUAUUCUCAACAUCCAGUCAGUGUCCAACUACAGUUCUAGGAGUUCCAGUAAUGGAUACCACAGCAGCUCCAUCUCCCCUACACCCAAGCUGCUGAUUAAAAUAACUGAACAAAAAGACAGCUCCAGAUUCAGCUCUCAUUAAAAAAAAAACGUUGGAUCCUUCUGGCUGAGGGUGAAGAACCAUUAUAUAAGAGUUUAUAACAGAUCUAUAGCAACUUUCUGGAUUAUUUUUGUCAAUCUACAUUCUGUAAGAGCAUGAGAGAAUAGCAUAAGAUCAUGAGAUGAUAGAUUUGUGUUUGUAGCUAGGAUGGUCUCUCCAUGUCUCCUCAGUCCUUAUUCUCCACUCCACUCCACUAGAGUCAGACUACUGAACUUACUGAGAGUUCUGUUAAAGUUUAGAAUUCAUUACAUAAACAAACUCCUCUUCUUCAGAUAGAUGAUCUUUCUUUAGAAAACUGUCAAGCUUGCUCAUCAUCUCCCUUUUUCUCUACGGUUCUUUAAUUGCAUCAGCUCUUUGGCGCGUUUAAUGGCUACCACGAAUUACUUUAUAUUUGAAAAAAUUCCCCAUGACCCAUGUCUUCUUGCAAAAAAAACAUCUUUAGCUAAUGCUAAUCGAUGAGAUUCAUGUAGCUAGUACUGGUCGUUGUGACGUUCCUGGAGAACCUGCUCCGGGGUUUCUGCCUCGAUGAUGCUAUUGACACUCUACGGGGGAUACCUGUGCCCCAUGCGGGGAUACCCCUACAUGAACAAGCAGAAAGAGCUGCAGGUCGAGGCAGAAAACCAGGAAGUGGAGGCCCUCAGUCCAUAGAGGCCUGGAUCGUUUGUCCACAAACUCAUGGACAUUUCUAUUCCUCUCAAUAGACUUCAAAAUGAUAAUAUUUGGGUCGUGUGAUCAACUGUUUUGUGUAGUUAAAGAAUGAGAAUGUCUUCAGUCUCCUUCUCCUCAUGGUCCUGGACUUGACCCUUUAGCACACAGAAGAUUCCACCACAGAGAAGAUCUUUAUAAACUCUACUGGUUACUUGUUAAGUUAUUAAAUGCCUAAAUUGUCAUUAAAUAAAGUUAAGUGUUCAAUCCC